CUCACAUUGAAUUAAAUUAUAUGCUGAAUGCAGCAAGAUUAUUUUCACAUUAAACAUAUUUUUAAAUAAAUGGAAUCUUCACCGCCGGUAUUACUGAAUGCUUUACGGCCACUUACUACAAAUAGACCUAGACCACGGAUGAGAUUAACAUCUAUACGCCCGACACCACAACAUGUUAUAGCUGCUAAAUUUGAUGUAAAUAUUAAUCGAAACUUGAAUCCAGUUACGUAUCCGGAAAAUUUAAUCCAACCAACAUCAAAAGUAGACUUUAAAUCAGAUGUUGUUGCUUCAAAGUUAACACGAUUUGUAAAACGGUUUAGUAUGACUUUUCUACCUGCUGAUCAUCAUCCAGUGACCGAUAAUAUAAACAAAUCAGAAAAGAAGAAUAUCAAUCCUCAUUUUGAUUUUAAUCAAUGGAAAAGACGGAGAUCUACACUAAAUUAUAGAGAUAGAUCACCAUUACAUACUGAUGAGCAUGUAAAAUUGACUGACGGAAUGAUCGAUAUGACUUCUGACCAGCCUGCUAAAGGAACUACCACAAUUCUCUCUGAUUUAUCCAAUAUCAUUGAAUCAAAUCCACCAAAAAGUGUAACCACUUGUACUAAACGUAAAAGCAGUCUCACGAGAUGGUUUGAGAAAAAUGUUAAACAUCCUCGAAGAUCAUUGCCUCAUAGAUCUCUAACAACUGACUGUACAGAAUCAGUUAUCACUAGCGAGUCGGAACAAUUACAACAAGAAUGUUUAUCUAAACAAAAUGAAACGAUUAUUGCUCAGCAGACAAUUACACCUUAUGCUAAAGUUUUUAAAUCCCGUCGUAGUCUCUUGAGACAUAGAUAUAUUUCAAAUAAUUCUGUAAUAACAUCAAGAUCUCAGGAAGUCAAUACUCCCAGCAACUUUGUGUCACAUGAUGUUGAUCAAACAAAUAGUUGUAACCGUUGUGCUUCUGGGGAUGGAAAGAACGAGAAAAUUAUUGUUUUGAAGAGUAACAAUAGAGAAGAUGUGAAGCCUAAUGUGACUGAAGCUGUUCACAAACACACCUUUGGUUCCGAAAAAGGUAUGAGUGAAGGAGAUGAACCAUGGUUUAUCAUCCCACCUACUGGAAUCGAUGGCCCGUGUUCUCAAAAUCAAAACAGUACUUAUUCAAGUGUUAGUUCAAUUUUUUCGGAUUUCACAAGUCUGAGUCAUUCGGUUGAUAAGAACGGCGGAUCUCAUAAGUCUCUUUCGAAUGCAUUCUAUACUCCUACAAUGAGACGUCGACAUAGGCUACCGAUUCCUUCGGAAUUCCUCGAAUCUACAUCCUCAGGACUUGCAACAUACAAACCUGAAUCACGAUCAUCGUUGACCAACAUGUACUCCGACCUGAACAAGUCUAGUGAUCAAGAUUCAGGGCUUUCAUCACAGUUAAGUACUGCAUUCCAAGGUACAGAUGUGGAAAGUCAGAAUGGAGAGUUGAGAGAACAAAGAAACCGAGUAGGAUCUUCGUCGGCAAGUUGGGCGACUACAUUACGUCAGUCUUUGAAGCGAGCAAAUAAUAAACGUAAUUUAUUGGCAGGUUGCACUUUAUUUAACAGGAACCCAGUCGAAGGAGUCAAUUAUCUUAUUAGAAAUUACAUUUUAUUGUCUGAUCCUAGUAAAAUUGCUCAAUUUUUAUUCUAUGAACCAAAUCUAAAUCGGCAAGCUAUUGGAGAAUACUUUGGUCUACUCGAUGAUACAUUGGCGAAAAAAGUUUUGAAGGAAUUUUUAUUGUUAAUCGAUAUGAAAAACAUGGAAGUGGAUGUUGCUUUGCGUUCAGUUAUUAGUCACUUUCAUCCUUCGGGUGAAUCUCAAAAAAUUGCUUAUCUAAUGCAAAUAUUUCAUGAAGUAUAUAUAAUACAAAAUCCAGAACGUGUCAAGAAAAAUUUUCAUAGUUCCGAAACCGUAGAAGUUUUAGCAUAUUCAGUACUUUUAUUACACACAGAUCUUCAUAAUCCUAAUGUUGGAAAAUUGGGAAAACGAAUGACUAAACAAGGCUUUAUUAAUAAUAAUCGUGGAAUUGAUUCAGAUCAUGAUGUGUCAACCGAUUUACUGAUUGGCAUUUAUGAUCGUAUAGCUGCAUCCGAGUUUAAAACACUGCCAGAUCCAUCAGAUAAACUUCGUGCUUUGGAUGGUGUUUUGGUUGGUCCUUUAAAAACAGACAAUUUUGUGCAACGUCAUCGCCGUUUCGUCGGUCGGAUAUUGACACAAGAAAUUGAAAAAAUUGCUCCUCGAAGAUUACCGAGUAGAAAUAAUGCUCGAUGGCGCUACUUAUUAAUAUUUAAUGAUAUAUUAGUGAUUGUAAAAUCAUUGAGUACAACACGUUUACGUUCAGGUUCACUUAUAAAUUCUGUCGCUUCAGUAGCUUUGGGUGAUCAAAUUACUAGUCGUCAUUAUACACCAAGAAAUGCCCUAUCCAGAGAUGUCAGAAGUUACAGUCCUUCCGAUCUGGUUCAAGAUGUGACAAAAAAGGUGUUCUGUUCAACUGAACCAUUUACAGGGGAUGCAACUUAUCAAGUUAGAAAUGUUUAUCCAUUCCUUGACCUUCGAGUGCUAGUCUUUGAAUCAAAUUAUUAUCGAUAUGGAGUUCAAUUGUGUAAUUCAAACGGACCUGUAAUUAGCUUAAAUAUGCCAUCUGAAGCUUGUCGUCGUCAAUUCAUCGAUUGGGUGUAUGGAUCCAUUGCUGAAAUGGAAGAAUUACAACAACAUCAACAGAUUAAGAAAACUGAAUGUGAACGAACAAUUAUUAUUAGUUGUAAACGAGACUCAGAGAAUACCAGCAAUAACGAUACUACUACUUCUUCUAUUAUUAAUGGCAAUAGAUGUAUCUCAUCUACAUCAAGAACAACUGAAAAAGUGAUCUUAUUGAAUACUUGAUUAUUUAAUGUUAGUAUGAUUAUUAUUAUUGAUCAAUGUUAUCAGUAAGACUACAGAUCAACAGAAUAUCAUUGAUUUACAUUUUUUUAUAUUUGAAUUCAUUAGAAUAUUUCAGUUGAAUUCCUUUCUUCAUUUUGUAAUUUCUAUAUUAUUGUGAAAGAGCAAACAAUAAUCAAUAUAUAUAUAUAUCUUGUAUAAAGAUGAUGCCAUUUAUUGUUUAACUAUUUCGAUGUGCAUUUUCAGUAUUGAUUACCCAAUCUAGCCUUGGAAUCAUCAUUCAAGGUGACUGAAUGUAUACUUGGAAUCUCUCUCUCAUUUCUGUGAUACUUUAAUUGGUUCAAUGUACAAUUACAAACAUAUAUGUAUAUCAUAUUACAUGCACAUUGAGAUAUGCAGAUUAUUCUUUUUCAUUUUUCAUGAAAUUAAUUUUUGUUAAUUCAUUCUAUAACAGAUAUAUUAUCUCAAUUUAGAUUAAAUUUGCAAAGUUUAUCAAUAUUAUCAUUGUUAUUAAAAAAAAGAAAACAGUUAUCCUAACUUGUUUAUUUUCCUUUUGUUUAAUAGAAUCCUCAGACAAAUUCAAGUAUAUUAUUAUUCAUUUAAAUGAAUGCCUAUUAUAAUUUAUGUAUGUAUGUAUGUAUUCACACAGAGUUUAUAAUCGCAUUUCAUAAUAGAAUACUUUUACUCAUUUGUAUUAGCUUAUUUUGCUUUUCCACUCUUU